ACGUCACGUCCUAAACAUCAACCCACUGAGGGAGCGAUUUGAGCUUCAUGACGCCUGCACUCAACAACGCGCUGAUGCGGGGACUGGUUGAGCGUGAUGACGUCACGAACCCUUCGGCCACGCGCCACGUGGGUAGCACAUGGCGCCCGGGCACAGCUGACGGACAGUGCGGUACAGUGGCCGAGCAUGUGCAGCAUGGAGCGGUGCUCGUGCCUCGGUGGCAAGGGCCAGGGGCUGCGGGCGACGAGAGCGGUCCACCCCGGGCAACUGAUCUACUCCUCGAAGCCCUACGCCUGCGUGGUGGUGAAGGGCAGCCACGACACGGUGUGCGACCACUGCCUGGCGAGGAAAGACGGUCGCUUGUUGCGUUGCUCGCACUGCAAGUUUGCCUACUACUGUGAUGCAUCCUGCCAGAAAGGCGCUUGGACGGAGCACAAAUCUGAAUGCCGCUGCCUCAAGAAAGUCGCUCCAAACAUCCCCACGGACAUGGUGCGCCUGGUGGCACGGAUUCUCUUCAAGCUGGCUCGGCUGAAUUCAAAGCCAUGCCCAUCAGAGGAGUUCUACUCACUGCAGCAACUGCAAUCUCACACUGACCAGAUGAGUGAACAGAUGCGGAACGGCCUGGCACUGCUUGCCAACACCCUGCGAAUGUACCUGGAGGGGGAAGACCUGGACUGGAGCAGCCUGCUUCCUGCCGACAACGUCAUGCAGCUGCUCGGCAAGAUAACCUGCAACAGUUUUUCGGUGUGCGACGGCGAAUUUCAAGAUCUCGGUGUCGCAAUUUACCCGAGUUUGUCUCUGCUGAACCACAGCUGCGACCCGAGCUGCGUGGUCGUCUUUGAGGGCUCGAUGAUGCUUCUGCGAGCAAUGCGGGACAUUCCGGCAGGAGAAGAGCUCUGCAUAAGCUACAUCGACACGCUGUCUCCGAGCCGCACGCGCAGGCAGGAGCUGCUGCGGCGCUACUAUUUCACCUGCCAGUGCAGCCUUUGCGAGCAAGGCCUGGGGGAUACGGACAUGGAGAAUGGUGACAAGGACGUAGUUGAAGCCAUUCGAAGCCUCAUGUUGAAAAUCGAUAAAGCAAACGCUGAUGUCAGUCAGCAGGAGGCUCUGGUGCUGUGCGAGGCCAUGCUGCAGAAGGCAGCAGCUGCGCAGGUCCCCAGCAGCAACGUGCAGUACCUCAAGUUGCUCGACUACGUGUGCAGCGCCUACAUUGACACCCAUCAGUGGAGCAAGGCACUGAGUUCUGCGCGGGAGGCCGUGCCCUUCUACAGGCAAUAUUACCGGCAAGCACAUCCGCAGUUAGCUGUGCAGCUGAUGAAGAUAGGGAAACUGGAAAAUUAUCUCCAUCAGUCGCAGAAUGCAUUCGUCACGUUCAAGGAGGCCUUUCAAAUGAUGUGCAUGACGCACGGCAAGGAGCACUCUCUCUGCCGGCGUCUCGAGCGGCUCCUGAGCGAGUGCGAGCGCUGCCAGCCGCGAGCGAGCGCGGCCCUUUCUUUCAUCGCACCGUGAAGCCGCGACGGUGGGAGGCAAGCGCCGCCGAGGGCCAGGAGUGCUGCCGUAGGAAGCCGAACGGGGGGGGGCGGGAGGGGCGGCACCGCACCCCCGCGCGCUUCGCUCGCCUGCUCUUGCCGCCCCUCGCGAGGGGAAAGGCGACGGGGAGCGGUCUACGGGUGCGGUAGCUCCUUUUAUUCCAUUACGAUUCGCUGGCCUGCGUACGUGUACAAACUGUUGUCGAGAAUUUUAAGACAAUAACUUUAGCCGUGAAGUGUUUCCCCCCCCCCCCCCUCCAAAAUUUUCGUAUCUAUUCAAGCUAUGACGCUGGAAUAAAAGAGAUUUUUUUGCGAGUUGUUUAAGCUCAAACUUAGAACACACGGUGUGCCAAACAUUCGGCCACGGCAGCAUCCGGAACUCGCCGGAUCGUUUCUUCAAAUCGUGUCCACUCGUCAGUAGGAAUUGGGUACAUCACCACAGGCGAACCUGCAGGUCGUGUGUGGUGGGUUAAAGCGAAGGGGUACUCUCACCUCCAAGUCGUCUGGUGAACAUGGAAGAGUAGGCCCGAUAACCUCUUUAAAAGGGCCUCGAGCUCUUCGUAGUGGAAGUUCCUCUGCCAGCAGGUGGCGUAAGCAAAUAAUAUCAGGGCUGCACCUUUAGCUUUGACGUUGGUAAGAAAUAAAUACCUCUUUGCAGAUGCCUCUCAAAAACGACUCUUGGCAGCUGUGGAAAUGACCACCGGUCUGUCCUUUCCGCACAAACUGCCCCCAUUCCAAGUCUGCUGGUCCGCUAGGCUUUCUCAACGUUCCGUUUACAAUGUUUCUGACAACGUGGCUAGACCAAGCGAUGGAAACGUUGCGGGAAAGUUGGAACGCCCACGCCCGAAAAAGCCCGACGGAGCUUUUGGUGAAAGUGUGCGGUGGUCGGCUUCCACGGCCCACGCUGUCGUGCCGUGUGCACGCUUGCUCACGCCCCUGCCGCUGGGAACGCGCGGAGACGCGGCGCCGCGUGGUGGAGAGACGGGGCUGUGGUGUAGCGCCAGGCGUGAUUGAACUCGUCAGGAGUUUAGCCGAUUUUAAACAUUCCUAGGAUUGUUGGGUGUUUGAAAAAAAAAAAAUCUACAGUGCUUCUCUUGGGUGGUUCAUGAUAAAUUUGGCGCGACUUCGUUAAGCCGAGUGGUUACCUGGAGAGGAAAGAAAAAUACAAGAUAAUCCCAAGUACCACAUCCUCUUUUGAGCUGUAAAUUAAUGUGAGCUUGCCACGAAAUUGAGAAUUUUAAUUCCCAGAGAGAGCAAUUAUAUAAAAGACAUGAAAUGUGAAGGUGCAGGCAUGCUCUUGCUUGCUCGUUCCACUGUUGGCGGUGAGGCCUCCACUCGUCAGAGCUCUAGAGAGCCACUCGGAGGGUAGUUUGGCUUGCUCUCCAAGCUGAAUAGAUGUUUUGCAAGAGGUGGGAGUACCCACGAUUUUCCCCACCAAACAUGGCAUGUCGAUCGACAGUUUAAAUGUACCCAUGUAUACUGCUGGGUGGGCAGAAGUGGGGGGGGGGGGGGAGAUUUCAGAGACUUGCCCAUCAUUUAAAAAACGUGUACGCUAUGCAUAGGUCUUGUUUGGUGGGAGAAGUGGUCUGGUGGUGUGGGUCGUACACUGUGCGCAGUGAACCUGGCGACUUGAAUUUGUCUCCUGGCCAUGGCUAACGUCAGUGGUGAGUGAUAUCUGAACCGGUCCUGGGCUCCCUUUCACCAACCCACACUGACCAGUGCGGUGAAGUGUGGUCAAGCUAACCCGCAUGACUGACAACACUGGUGGAUUGAUAAGGCCUCUGUUAUAUAUAUACUUCACGGUGAUCUCGAGGUUUACGUUUUUGAUAUAAAAAAAACACUUACAUUUUGAGAUGGAGCCAAGAAGGGGGCCUUCUUCCAGGGCGAGAGACUUUAUUGGCCUUUCGUGGAAUUUGAAGCAAAGCCGACGGCAACGCCCCUGCACUUUAUUGGGGAGUGCCAAUAGAUUGGAUAUUUUUACUCGGGCGCGAAGCGGGCAGAAGGGCAGUUCGGUGCAGUCGGCGCCAAUAAAGUGCUCUCGCUUUGAUGAGUACAUCAGCGGUGCAUUGUAUAAAAUAGACAUUUAUAUACAGUAAAGCAAGUUUUGGAUGGAUUAGAUGUAUUCGGUGUUAAUAUAAUGGGAUUAAUACGUGAAUGACUUCUUCCUCCGAAGGGAAGGUACAACUUUAGUCCAGCUGACUUGUCAGGGAAUGCACAGUGGAGCACAUUUCUGAA